CCACGGAACGCAAAACAAAACCCGCCCAAUGCUUUCUGUUCUUGCUGUUAGGGUGGCCAGAAGGGUUAUAUUUCUUUCCCCUUCGAUAUAUUUUGAGAAUAAUUUAAAACAAAUGAUUACUGUUUCCUAUAACUGUAUUGAACUAAUGAUGAUGAAUAGAGAAGAUAGACAACACAGGUGCACCGUUCUCAUGGAGAGUGUGUAGGAAUGACGUCAGCAGCAGCUCUGAAUACAGCACGAGUACAAACCGCUUGACCGGAGCCAAAAUGCUGUCUAGCAUUUACCUAACUGGAGUUUUACGUGUCAUUCUGAUAUCGAUUAUUAGUUUAGGAGGAUUUGUGGCGCUGGUUUUAAUGCAUUACAGCUCAGCACCAUCUCUGUUCUGCCCUCCCCUGCCUGCUUUCCCACCUCAGUACUCAGAGAGACCCCAAGGCCAGCACAACAGCUCAUUGGCUAAGACCCUACCAGACAAGCCCAUUAUGCUGUUGUGGUUCUGGCCUGAACACUACAGGUUUGACUUAAGCGAUUGUGCCACUCUCUUCAACAUUAAUAGCUGUCUCCUGACUGAUGACAGGUCAAUGUACAACAAGGCAGACGGGGUGCUCAUCUUUCACAAAUCCAUUAAGCGAGAUUUAUCCAACUUGCCUCGAUCACCCAGGCCACCAUUCCAGAAGUGGAUCUGGUUCCAUGUUGAAUCCCCUACAAACACAAACAGGCUAUCUGGUCUAGAGAACCUUUUCAAUUUGACCUUGAGUUACAGGCAGGACGCAGACAUCCCUAUUCGUUGGCGCUUGACCGCAAGGAAAGGCCAGGGGGAGGAUUUUGUGCUGCCCAAAAAAGAUAAAUUAGUUUGCUGGAUUGUGAGUAACAAUAACCCUGCCACUGGAUCAGGCCAAAGGUAUAACUAUUACAGAGAACUUGUCAAACACGUUAAGGUGGAAGUCUUUGGCAAGGCCUUUGGCCGCUUCUUGAACUAUGAGGACUACUACGAUACCAUCUCCAGCUGUAAGUUUUACCUUUCCUUUGAGAACUCAGUCCACAGAGACUACAUCACCGAGAAGCUAAAUGGACCACUUGCAGCAGGAACUGUACCAGUAGUAUUGGGCCCACCCAGACAAAACUAUGAGGACUUUAUCCCAGGCGAUUCCUUCAUCCAUGUUAACGACUUUCCAGAUGCCAAAGCCCUGGCAGAAUUCCUCCUGAAGUUGGACAAGGAUGAUGAGGCAUAUCUGCACUACUUUCAGUGGCGUGAACACUUUUCUGCUCAGCGCCAUCUAAUUCAACAGUAUCAAGAGUUCACCCAUGCUAUUUGUUAUGCCUGUGACCAUGUGGGAACACAUAAGGAGUACAGAGUUGUUCACAAUCUUUACAAAUGGUAUUUUGGUUAAUAAGGCACUUAGUGAUCCCCAGAAAUAUUGGGACAUUUACAAAUAUUUGGUGUUUUGAGCCCCACAUUUUCAGCACCCCGAAAAAAAAUUGAGGCUUGCCUGGUUUUUGGCCAAUAAUAAGUGUCACAUCAGUUAGCAAACAAUGUAAAGAAUAUAUAAAUCAUUGAGUUAAUAA